CGUCCCACGCGACGGACCACACUAUAAUAUCACUUCUCCCUCCCCGUCCUUUGCCACUCUUCUCUUUUGUUUCCCCAUUGCUGGUCUCUCAACGCAUUUCCAAACUUACCUCGCCUUUGGUACACUUUUUUCCACUCUUUCAAAAAGUGUCUCCAAGGCUGUCACUCUUUUGUCUAUAUUGGCCUAGACCGGAAAAGCGUACAUAAAACCAACCGUCUGUCCCUUUCCAAACUCCCUGUUCCUCCAAGUCCAAUCGCAGUCGAUCUGCCUGUUGUCGGACGAAGUUUCUCCAUUCAUUUCAGUACUCGAUCGGAUAGCUUCCCGGAGAAGUACUUUUCUCGAUCGAACGCAGUUGACCUGUGAAAACACAUCUCGCAAACCAACCAGACUAAACCAAUCGUCACUCAACCCUCAAACACCAUGCGGUCUUCCUUGCUUAUGGGCGCUCUGUGCGCAGCUGGUGCCGUGGCCAAUCCUCUCGACAAGCGGGCUUACACUACUGACUGGACUAUCGUCACGGUGACCACUACUAUCACCGCACCGGUGCCCCCUGCUCCGACGACUUCCUCUUCGACAUACGUUCCCGUGCAGGAACCCGUCGCGAGCGUGGAGCCUGCCCAGCCCGAGACGUCUGCACCGGCACCGGCACCGGUGGAACAGAGCUCGACCGCGGUCUUUGUCGAAGUCCCGGCGACUUCUUCCGCUCCUGCACCGGUGGAGCCCACCACUGCUGCUGCGGCCGACCAAGGAUCUGCCUGGACCUCCGCGUGGACCUCCGCGUGGACAUCGUCUUGGACCUCUUCUGCUUCCCAGCCAACCACCCUGGCUAGCACCACCUCCAGUGCCAGCGGCGCUACUGCCACGAAUGCUUACCAGUCAACCAUCCUGUACAACCACAAUGUUCACCGCAGCAACCACUCCGCCAGCUCUCUGGAGUGGGAUGCCUCCUUGGAAGCUAGCGCUCAGACCCUCGCCGCCAGAUGCGUCUACCAGCAUGACACCACCAUUGAUGGCGGUGGCUAUGGCCAGAACAUUGGAUAUGGUGUCUCCUCGGGAAAGAUUGGAGAGAUGAUCACCAACCUGAUGUACAACAACGAGAUGGGCUACUUCGAGAACCUGUAUGGCGAGGCCAGCCCCAGCAUGGACAACUUCGACGCUUGGGGCCACUUCUCCCAGAUUGUGUGGAAGGGCACCACCCACGUUGGUUGCGCUACCGUGACCUGCAACAGUCUUGGUAACGUUGACUCGUCCGUGGCAAUCCCCUUCACUGUUUGCAACUACAGCCCGGCCGGAAACUAUGCCGGCGAGUAUGCCGACAAUGUCCUUCGUCCCCUUGGACAGGCCAUGUAUGUCGCUUCUUAAAUUUCGAGAGUUGUUUUCGCCUCGACUGUGACGGGAGAUCUGUCUGUGCACGCAGCGGCAAAGAUUCCGAUCCAGGGUAGUGAUUGAAUCGAUGGGGUCGGGUAUGCACACGGGAACCGUUCUGUGGCCAGAUUAGAUGACCUUGGCCAACUCAGUGGUGCACAGAUGCUCUCCUGUAUCGGCCCGUCCGCGAGAUGUGAAACUUAUAUGAAACUCACCAAUGGAGAUACGCCUGACAACUGUCAGUUUCUUGCUAUUAUUUGAACUUUCUCCCUGUCUCCUUCGGUUUUCCUUCGAGACCACCUCACGUUUGCCUGCGCCGACUCGCCAAGUUCAUGAUUGCAUCCGCCAUCGGAGGUUGUCUAGCCAUCAAGUUGGUUCUGAGGCGCAGGCCAUGCGAUGCGGUGGAGAUUUUGAUUUACCUUCUCUGUGAAUAUUGCUUUUUUGCCCCGUCAUGGUACACCAAUGGCAACAUUUGAAUCGAUUGAUUCUUUCAUCUUUUUUCGCUUCUCCGUUUGUGCAUUCAUGUGUUCAUAUGAGCGUCUUGGCGGAGCAUUUUUGAUGACCAAAAACUAAAUGAUGAGACUUCCUACGAGA